GUUAUCUCGGACACUGCGGCAGCUGCUGUGUAGUAUGCAGUUCAUAUGCAGUCCCAGAUAACUAGAGUGAUUCCAGCCACUGAAAUGGUGGCGGACUGGUCACAUGGUCUUAUUGCUCCGGUUCUAACCGCCGGAUUUCUCAAUUCAGUGUCCAAGGGAGAGGGACAAAUAAAUGCUCACCCCUCAAAGCUCAGAGGGCAUUCUGCCGUAGUCUUUUCCAUUCGUCAGCAACACCCACCAUCAUGACGAAUCCAGGCUACUUCCAAGAUGUCAAGAACCUCAUCAAGCAACCACCCGGCUUGCCGAGUAUGAAUCCGACGGUUGCCGCUUGGCAGGAGCCGGCACAUCCAACCAUAUCGAAUGCGCAGUCGCCUUCUCUCCCCGAAGAGGUUGACAUCGUCAUUAUUGGAUCCGGAAUCACCGGUUGCAGCGUCGCACAUACCCUAUUGCACCAUCCCUCUGCCGCGAAGCUUCGCGUUACGAUGCUAGAGGCUCGUACGGCGGUGAGCGGGGCAACUGGUCGCAAUGGAGGGCACCUCGUUUCUGAUAGCGACUCUCUGUUCUCAGUACUGGUCAGCUCCAUUGGAUUUGAACGCGCCGUAGAGACUGUUCGCUUCAGUGAGGCGAAUAUCCGUCGUAUCAAGGACCUAGUGGCUCAGCUCAGCCCAGCCGACCAAGAUGCGGUUGAGUUUCGUACAGUGAACUCCGUAACUGGUUUUGGAGACAAGGAAUCGUUUAAGGAUGCUGUUGAAACUAUUAACCAACUUACAAAGGCGGUACCCGAUGGUGAUGUAAAGUACAAGGUGACACCCAAAGGGGAGACCGAGAAAUACAAGUUUGGGAACGUCGUUGGGGUUACGGAGCAACACGGAGUGGCAGCGUUAUGGCCCUAUAGACUGAUGACAGCAAUCCUGUCGGGUCUAAAAAAGGACUACCAGGAACGGUUCACUCUAGAAACGAAUACGCCUGUGUUAUCUAUCGACUACGAAUCCGUGCCAUCAAGUGCCCACGCAUACACGCUACAUACCCCACGGGGAAAGAUUCGAGCUAAACAGAUCGUACAUUGCACGAAUGGCUACUCGGCUCGAUUGAUACCAAACCUGACCGGCAAGCUAUACCCUUUGAAAGGGACUAUGUCUGCUCAGAAGAUGGGCCCCUCCUUCCCGCUACUCGGAGACCGAAUCUCAUGGUCUCAUGUCGCCAAGGGGAGCUACGACGCGGAAACCGGACUGCUCAAGGUCGGUUUAUACUAUGCUCAGCAAAAUGCGAAGACUAGAGUCAUGUUUCUCGGCGGAGAAGCGCAGAGACUUAGCGGGUUACUAACGAGCGACGACUCGUUUGUCGCCGCCGACGCUCGCGAGAGUCUUUGCUCGGCAGCUUCACAUAUAUGGGAGGACGCAGCUCCCGUCGAGCCACUCAAGGUGUGGUCGGGGAUCAUGGGAUUCACCGCAGACGGCAUGCCGCUUGUGGGCAACGUCCCGGCAAGUCUUACGGGCAGGCCGGGAAGCGGAGAAUGGAUAUCUGCGGGCUUUAAUGGGCACGGAAUGGACAAGUGUUGGCUCAGCGGCGAAGCGGUUGCGCGGAUGGUGCUGGGUGAAACGGAUAUCCCGCAAUUCCCGAGAGCGUAUCUGUUGGAUGCUGAAAGAAUUGGAGCUUUCAGUCUUGACAUGGCUGCGGAGACGUUGAUGGAUCAUAUUGUGUCUGGAGGAAGCGACGUGCCCAAGAGUCAUCUCUAGUGCUUGAACAUUUGUAGAGAAUGGGUCUAGUUUGGUCAGAUCUAGUCUCAACGUUAAAUGAUGUCACCCUUGGCAAUUCUUGUCGUGGACUAGCUAUUUUACCACGCGAGCCAAGGUGCAAGUGAUGGCGAGUGACCAUGAACCAGGGUGCGCAUGAUGCUCUCACCGUUUUCAACAGCUGGAC